AUGCCCGAGCGCCUGCCCGCAGUUCCGUGUACGGCGGCGAGCCGCACGGUGACCGCUCUCGGUUUCCUGGGCCGCGUUGCUUCAAGCUACGCCGUCACCACGCAGCGUGCCCUAUCGCUGGCAGACCGCCAGCUGGAACCGAUGAACAUCCUUGCCGAGUCGGUCUUGCGCAUGGCCAACACCCAGGAGCGCCUUGUUGCCCGCCUCGAGGGCUUGUCGGCUCCUGACCGUGGUCGCUCUCCUGCUCCCAGCGCCUUCGAUGCUCCGAUUCCCUUCCGCCUGGGCCGCGACAACCAGGUCCAUGUCUCCUUCCGCUCGCCGCCAGGCCACUCGCGAGUAGCAGGCUCGUCACCAACCCGUCCAUGUCGAGGAGGAGCCUGUCGGGGAGAUUGUGUGAAGGACGUGGAGGCCAACAUCGUCUCGCUGGAACAACGCAAAUCGAGUGUUCUUUACCUUUUGAUACCAUCAGCAUUAUAG